AUGGCAAACGAUCAGUAUGAGUCGUUGGGCCCAUCAAAACCAGGAGCGCCACCUGCUUCAGGUGGUGGUUCGCAGGAGCCGAAAAAACAGGCACUCCCAGCAAGGACGCCAGGACAAACUAUCCUCGGACAGUUCGCUCUCAGACCAGGAGACGAUGUCGAUCUGAGCUCAGAACGUGGCACGUCCGUUAGUGGUCCGGAAGUUGGAACGGCAGAGAAGAAAUCCAAAUCGAAAGAGUCGAAAGAGGAUGCUUUAUCGACAGAAAAGGACAAAGAGAAACCAAAGCCAAAAACAAAGCCAGUACAAAUAGACAUUAAACCCUAUGUGGAACCGACGAUGUUGAAGAUGUGCCAUGCUAUCACACUAGCACUAUUACUGAUUAGUUUUGUGCUGAUGGCAUUGACAGUGGUCCAAUUCGUGGACAUUUUCGUCUGGUUGCCGAUAUUGUUUGGCGAAGAGGAAAAAGAAACUUAA